UCCUGUACCUGGUAAAGUCUCGGUUUGUAAUGGAUCGAACUAACAUGGCGGCACGAGGAGCUGUUCAUGUCUGGAACGUAUUAUUGAUCCUGUUUAUAAGUGUACGUCCGUCGAGAUUCGAAGAUAACAUCUCUAUUCGCAAAAGUGUAGCAACAAGCAGCAACCAAGACGCAGCUAAAUGGCCGGCGAGAGCAGCGGUGGACGGUGAUAUAAGACAAGAAAUAACAUACUGCGCACACACACUUGCCGAAAAUCAACUUACUGCCUGGUGGAGGGUUGACAUGGGGCAGCGAAUGACAAUCAACAAUAUCAAAAUAUAUUAUAGGGCGAAUUUUAAAAACAGAUUUGCUGGUUACCAGAUAUUUGUGUCAAACACUACUGACUUGAACAAUGGCCAGCUGUGCUAUGAAGACGCAAGUUCUACAAUUGAAGAAGUAUCAACUGUAAAAUCUCAUCAAUGUCAAUAUGUAGCUCAGUAUGUGACUAUUUACAACUAUAGAAACACUCCAACGCGCCAUGGCUUUUAUUGGCAAUGGGCUGUUUUAGAGCUAUGUGAGGUUCAAGUUUUAGGGUGUCCAGUUGGAAUGUACGGAGAAGGCGAUUGUAAUCAGAAAUGUCCGGAGGAUUGCUAUGGAGGAAAUUGCAACGCCAUUAAUGCAUCAUGUUUCUACUGUUAUCCAGGGAAACACGGCGACAGAUGUAAGCAAGAUUGCGUUGCCAACUGUAAAGACAACAUAUGCGAAAAGGACUCCGGAAUAUGCACUGACUGCAUUCCAAGAAAAUAUGGAGAUUUCUGUAAUGAAGAUUGCUCCGGGAAUUGUAACGACAGCAGGUGUUACCAACACACCGGACAUUGUAAAGGAUGCGUUUUUGGAAGGUACGGUGACGUGUGUGAACUGUUUUGCUCAAACAACUGUAGAGACAAAACAUGUCUACAGGACAGUGGAAACUGUAUAGAAUGUGUUCGUGGGAAAAAAGGUAUACAUUGUGCUGAAGAUUGUCCAAGAAACUGCGUUACAUGUACGCAAGUAGAUGGAAAAUGUACAGAAUGUGUUCAGGGUAAAUACGGUACAAAUUGUGAAAAGGAUUGUAAUGACAAAUGUAAAGAUAACCUGUGCACAAAGGACGAUGGCAAUUGUCUCGAAUGUCAGCAUGGAUACCAUGGUAUGGACUGCACACUAGAAUGUGAACCUACCUGUAAAAUUUGCCAACGGGAAGACGGUGAUUGUACAGAAUGCUUGGAUGGUUUAUAUGGUGGAAACUGCAGUCUGGCUUGUGUCAAUUGUGAGCGGUGUUCGAGGGAAACUGGAAAUUGCCUAACUACCUGCAUGCCUGGAUACGAAGGAGAAUUUUGUCAAAUGAUCAUACAAUCACCCCCAGAGGAUGAUUCUACUGGGACGACAGUUGGCAUUGUUGUUGGAUUGCUUCUCUUGGUAUCUAUUAUAACCAUUGGCGUUAUAUUCGUAAUCAGGAGACGCAGACAGAACCCUUUGAAGAAAGAAGGUCCAUUUGAUGACUUCGGCAGGCAAGAGGUGUCUCGAUCAUCACGGCUCAACAAUGGCUAUGAGUCAGAUGAACGCACAUCAGAACCAUUAGCGAACCUCGAUAACGUUUACGUCAAUUCUGGGAAUGUAAACAAAACGACAGACACAUACGAAGAGGUGUACUGUAAUUCUGGUUUUGAGGGUAUCGCUAUUAGCGACCUGACAUCGUUGGUGAAAACAAAGAUGUUAAACAAAGCAAAAGCGUUUGAAGAUGAAUACAAGUCGCUACCAUUAGCGGACUUGUAUGAACAUAAAGUUGGGAUGAUGACCGAAAACAAACCAAAAAACAGAUUUAAGUCCACGUUUCCAUAUGACCAUUCACGAGUAGUCCUUGACAAACAGGACAAAGAUCCACACUCGGACUACAUUAAUGCAAGCUAUAUCGAUAGUGUCACGCUACCAGCUGAGUAUAUAGCAACACAAGGACCAACAAACAAAACCGUAGAUGAUCUGUGGCGUAUGAUCUGGCAACUGAAAUCUGGCAAAAUCAUAAUGCUUACUAAUCUGUCUGAGGGACCAAAGAAAAAGUGUGUGAAAUACUGGCCUGACGAAGGACAACCGAUGUCUACAAAACAUUUCGAGAUCGUCUUAGACAGAGAAAGGGUCUACGCCUUCUAUGUCAUCCGGGAUAUCAUUCUCACAGAAAAGAAGACCAAAUCAGUGCGACAAGUACACCAGUUUCACUACACCACGUGGCCAGACCACGGAACCCCAAACCCCAACGAACUUGUCGUGUUCAAUCGCCGAGUGAAGCUUUACAAGAAUUCCUUACCAGGAAAGAUGGUUGUCCAUUGCAGUGCCGGUAUCGGGCGAACAGGAACGUUCAUUGCGCUGGAUGCUUUGUUGGAUUACGGCAAAGAAUCUGGAAUGGUCGACAUCAUAGGUUACAUUAGAACCAUGAGGAAGGACAGGGUCAAUAUGGUUCAAACCAUUGAUCAGUAUAUUGCUCUGCACAACAUCCUGAUUGAGGCGUUUGACAUGCCAGACACCCUUUUACCCAGAGUGGAGUACCAUGCAGCACUGAACAGACUGUCGGAUGAUGUCCCAGUUAACCAAACGAAAUUAUGGCAGGAAUACCAGUUGUUGCAAACUAUGAAGCCAACAUAUACCAAAGUCGACUAUAAAGCAGCACUCCUUCCCGCCAACCGCAACAAGAACAAGGAUCCGAAAGUCUUAGCAGUUGACAAAUUCAGAGCAUACCUGACGUCAUCAUUAUCCGACAGAACAGAUUAUAUCAACGCUGUGGCUGUUCCUUCUUACACGUCUCGAACCGGUUACAUCAUUACCCAGAGUCCUCUAGAUGACACCAUCGUCGAUAUUUUGACAAUGAUAAUGGACAACCAGUGUGACACCAUUGUUAUCAUCGAAAAAGACCCCGUCAAAUGGUUGCCAAAGGAAGGAAAAGAUAGCUCAAUUGGAAAAUUCACACUGAAACAUUUAGGAGGCUCUUCAAAUCUGGCCCAUAUUGAUUUGAUAGAUAUUGCGAUCUCAAACCAGAGUCAUAAAUUUGACACCAAAGUUCGGGUGUUUCGAAUGACUGGUUGGGAUAGAGACGUAUCAGUUCCGCCAGAUUCAUCGGCAGUUCUUCAGCUUCUAGAACUUGUAGACAGCAGACGGAAGUCACAUGACUCGAAAACGACUGUAGUCAUGUGCCGGGACGGAUAUACACAGAGUGGGCUUUUCUGCUGUGUCAGCAAUGCUAGAGACCAGAUGAAAAUUGACGAGGAAGUCGAUAUGUUUCAGAUUUCUCGACAAGUUCUUGUCAGACGUCCGGAAUGCAUCACAAGUGUUGACCAGUACAAGUGUUGUUACAACCUGGUCAAAGAGUACUUGGACACCACAGACGUGUAUGUCAACUGACAGAGGACUAAUACCAGUAUGAUACAAACUGAUCAGUGACUACUUGGAACGCAGAAGUGUAAAUGUUAUACAAACUUAUCAAGAAUUAAAAGGAAAGUGCAUUUAUUGGUUUUGCCUGUUGCCCGAUUCCUUUUGUAUCCGAAAAACCCCGUUGAUAUUGAUUUAAACAUAUUUUAUUUGUCAUUCAACAAAAAGGAUUAGGCACAAGUUAUCUCAACUUAGAAACGCCCUCUCCGUUGAUAUGCAUAUGGAUUAAAACUGUAGGAGUAAACCAGUACUAUUAACACGUGUUAAAGACUUACAUAGACAAAGUUCCAGGACCAGUAGGGCUGCUACAUGAUAAUCAAGGAGAUUUAUAGUAUUUAAUGUGUACAUGCUGCACAGUUCAGAGAGAGGUAAAACCUAGUACACAUAGUUGUUGAAGUUGAUCUCUCUACAUCUACAUGCAACUGAUACAGUUGACGACCUGUGUUAUUGGUUCGGUGACGUAUUCUUACGUUUUCCCUGAUCCUUAAACACAAGACAUUUAUCAAUUUAUUUUGUACCUGUCUUGGAAGUUGCAGCAAUUGCUUUUCAUAUGCAUACGUUAAUGUGAAUCACAAGUAAAUUGGAUAAUUGAUGUUAAUGCCUAAUACAUGAUUUGCUUUUAUCAAUCGCAAAUAUGCUGUUACACAAUAUUGUAAUGCCAUGCCAGAUAGUACAGAGAAUAUUACACACGAUAGUCCUUAAAGAAUGCAUGACCUAAUGAGAUAUAUCCACUACUCGUUAUUACUUCCAUCACUCCUAAACUAUUAUUAUUGUUUAUAUUUUAUAUUUGCACAUACUUAAUAAAAUACUUCACGCAUU